AUGCAGCUUAGGGUUUUUGGAAGUGUAAUUGGCUCAAAAGAGAAAGCUCUCCGAAAUGCUUUUCAUGCUCAGAAGCAAGUUUGUCCUGUUCGAUGCUAUCUUUUGGAAAGUUUGGAAGCAGAUAUACUCUCUCCAUCUUCAUUGCAAAAGCAAAACUCCGAGGCUCCUUUUGAUGUUGAUUCUAAAAUGAAGAUUGAUGCUACUGCUGCUGUUGAGAUUGUGCAACAAUCUUCUGGUGUUUUGUCUGAACAUGAUAGGAACGACCUUUCAUUAUAUUCAUCUGAUGAAAUUGGUUUUGCAGGUGGUGCAGUGUGAAAAGGCAAAUCCUUCCUUUACUGAGCGCCAGUGAUCAAGACAUGAACGAUGGACAAACUGC